AACAAUUUUGGCCGUCGUACUCCUGGGCUAUGAUGCCACGAAUGAAGCUACCAUUCACACGAUUUGUACUCUGCCUACUGUGCUCGUGGCUAUGACUGCUAUGAUGGACCCAGCCCCAUCUACAAGUGGCACUGCAGUUGUAAAUGUCACUCUAGAAGAGGAAGAUAUAGAGGGAGAGGAACCACUGGAUAGUAAAACAGUACCACAGUUACGGUGGUGGCUGCUGUGUCAUGGAAUUCAGGUUCCCUCCAGUGAAAAGAAGGCAGCAUUGAUAGAAAGGUUAUUCAUAAAACUACAUUGCAUAAACUUGUUGGCACAGCCGCACUUUACGCAGACUGACUUUUAGACAACAACUGCACAAACAUUUAUUGCAACUGCACUGACUUGUACAAACACGUGGUUGGUUAAAAACUGCUAUACUAGAGAAGGUGAUGAAGUUCAAGAAAACCUUAGAAGUCUCAGAAGAAGACAUCCGUCGUAUUCAAAACGAAACAAGAGGACAGUCAACAUCACCUCUGUGGUUUGAAGCACGUAGACUACGAUUGACUGCAUCCUUGUUUGGUCGUGUUACGCAGCUAAAGCCUUCUACUCUUCCAGACAACCUAGUACUUACAGUUCUAGGAGUGA